AUGAGCCUAGUGAAAAGUCUAACAAAGUGCGUCAACUACACGGUAUCAACUCAAGACGGGGAAAUAUUGCUGAUGGACAAUAAAGCUGAUGCUAACUAUGCAUCGUACGUGUUCGUUCGAUCCCAAAAUGUCACACAGUUUUAUAAGAUGGAAGUUUUGGAGCGUCCAGCAAAGUACUUUUUAAAUCGACAUUUCGACGUGCUCCACAGUGGAGGGUCCUCGAGACUUGAGCCAUCUUACCUCUCAGUUGAGAAAAUCCCGAGGUCGUUAUUGACAAGAAUCAACACAGACUACAUUUCGCCGGGAAACUACUUCGCCUUCAAGGUUGAUAGGGCGCUAGAAACAAGAGAGAAGAAUUUGCUUCUGACGGAAGCUGUUUAUCUUUUCGGGACGAUAAUGGGCUUCACUGUGAUACUAACAAUAACUGGCAAAUGCGUCUGUUCGACUUGGUACAAUGAGCGGUACUCGCUACCUUCCCGUUCCAAGAGCGUUCUCUACGACUUCGAAGACCCAGAUUCGUAUUUUGAGAAGUCCGAAGUCGCCACUCGGCCGAUUUCUACUUAUGCAGAGGCCCUUACGCCGAAGGAGACGAACCUGCAUCACAUCUGA